GCACCACAGCCUGUAUCCUCUCCCAGAGAGGCAGAGCAAAGCAGGGCCAGCCAUCGCCAAAGUCUUGGGCCCCCUCUGGAGCUCUCAUGUUUAACAACGAUCAGGUCUGGCUGGAGGAGCUGAUAGGUCGCUCAUAUAGCCAGCCCUCCCCUAGCCAGCCAUCCGUACCAAGGGCCCCUAACAGCAGCCCAGGAGGCAGCAGUCCCAGCAGCAAUGGCACUGGCAGCUUGUACAGCUUGAGCUCAGGGGUGACCUGCCUCCUGCACAGCUUUAUCAAGAAGCAAAGCCAGGAAGCAUUUCAAACUCGACAGAGAGAGGACAGAAGGUGGGGGAAGCUUGCAGAAUGUCCUUACAGUGGGCCUCAUGGCAGAGCUCAUCCACAGGCGGAGCAGGAUGGAGGCAGCGACCACAACAAACUCCACGCCUGGCCAGAGAGGGGUGGCCCGUGUCAGGGGAGGGGCUCUGCACAGACCCACACCAGCGCUGAAAGUGUACAACUACAGUGUCUGCUGGAGCAAAAGAUCGAAGCCAAAGUGAAGUUUUCCCAGUUCCUGAAUGAGGUGACGUCCAACGUGCUUGACCCAAACAGCCUGCAGGUAUUUGGGAAACCAGUCUCUCCCUCCAGCUUCAGCACCACAACUCCACCUCAGCCUGAAGACGAUAUUCAAGUGGCGACACAGUGGAGCCCCAGGCUGCCCUGCUCAAUGGCCCAACAGCGCGGCUCUUUACUCGAGCAGAAGAAGACCCAAGAAGAGCAGACUCCCCUUGACCCGGCACAGAAAACCUAUCUAGAGACGGAAACUACUGCGAGGAGGGGUGAUGAGCGACAGGACCUGGAGAUAAAAGUCCCGAAACCGCCACAGCUGGAGAUAGACGUGAUUCCACCUCCUCCACAGUUCUGCCAAGGGUUUGAAAUGAGGAGUCCCUUUCCGGAGUUUCAUUGUGACUUCCCCAGAUACCCCUACAAAUCUGCCUCUCCGCCCAGGGGCAUCAACAUGGUGCCUGACGAAGACAUGAACAACAUAGACACUAUCAGCUCAUUGCUGGAGCAAAAGGAGGAUUUACGGAAGAGGCUUUCCUACACGACACACAAGCUGGAGCUGCUACAGAGUGAGUUUGACUCCACGCGGCAGUACCUGGAGACGGAGCUGCGGCGAGCACAGGAGGAGCUGGACAAGUUUACUGAUAAACUGCGCAGAAUACAAAGCAGCUACUCAGCACUGCAGAGGAUCAACCAAGAUCUGGAAGAAAAGAUCCACAGAAAUUCUCAGCACCACGACGAUGAGAAGCGAGCCCUGAGCAGAGAGAUCAUCGUUCUCAACAACCACCUGAUGGAGGCAAAACUCACCAUCGAUAAGCUACGAGAAGACAAUGACGUGUACAGGAAGGACUGUAACCUGGCUGCUCAGCUUCUCCAGUGCAACAAAUCUCUUUACAGGGCGCAGCUCUCCGAGCUGCCUGCUGAUUUUCAGGAGCGACUGACCAUGCACAUGGAGGAGGGUCCUCUCUGUCACACCUACUCCGACUCUGUCCCGGCCUCUCUCAUUGGCAAAGUGCUCGAAAAGCCAGACGAGGCCUGCAGCAGCAGCCAGGCCUCCCGCUCCCCCAGCCCCCAAACUCAGGACCAUGCUUUUAUCUUGGAGAGCUUGGGACUGGGAGAGCGGCUGGGGCUGCGUGCAGCCUACAAAUCCGACCUGUACAGUAGCGACACGGCCCUGUACUGCCCCGAAGACCGCCACCGCGAGCGGAGGCCUAGCAUGGACCUCCACGGUCAGAGGAAGCUGCUAUACGGGCCCCAAAACUCCACCGACAGCAACCCAGAGGAGGGCUCGGUGGGGUUGAGGGCUGGCUUCUCCCAGGAGCACUUUGCUAAGUUCCCUGCUGCACUGGCUGCUGGCUCCAGCUCCUACUCCAGCUUCAGCGGAGGGGGCUCUGAAGACAAAGGCAACGGCCCGCCCAGCAGUGCAGCAUCCUCCCCGCACCACCAUUCCCUCUACAUGGAAUGGAGAGAUGCAGGGGACUAUGAGAGAAAGAGUGACUCAUCCUGGGAGAGAGACAGUCCACGAGGCUUUGCCAACGCUCAUCCCUUCCAGCAGACGGAGCUGAGCCACCACCAGAACGGCAGCUCGCCUGUCUACAGCCGCACCAUGUCCUCCUGUUUCAGCGAGCCCUAUGAGCCGCUCCCUCCCUCUUCAUCCCCAAGUGUUGCCUACGGAGACAGUCGUCGAGGCAGCACAUUAGCUCCCGAGGAAGAGGAGCUGAUUGGCCGAUGGAGACAACUUAGUGUGGAGGACUUAAGUGCCCACACCUACCGCAGCCCAGGCCGGGCUUCACCUUACAGCUUCUCAGAGCAGCACUUCUCUGUCCGGCCUUCCAAGAUCCGACUUGGCCCGCUCUACAGCAGCUUCCAGGAGGGCGCUGAUUAUUACGAUCACGGAGCAGGUGUCAUGGACCCUGCCAUGGACCCAGUUUGGGUAGGCACCAGCCCCAGCCCCGAAUGCAGCCCAGGGCUGCGGCAGGCGCAUAGCCAAGCCCACCUUUACCGGGCCGAGGACAGCCCGGGGUCGGAGCACAGCCUCUACCACUCAGGGAGCUCCAAAGAAAGGGAGGGUAACAUGGCAGCUGGCGGCCAGAGCACAGAUUAUGUAGACCCCAGUCCUAACAGCUCCACCGAGUCUCUGAACCAGAGGUCCUUGGAGAUGGCUGCAGAACUGCAGCACUACAAAGUGGAAAUGCACAACCUGCCUGCACAGCAGGCGAGCCAGUCACCACCACCCGUCCCACCCCCUCCUCCUCCGUACAACCAAAAAUUUGGCUCCCUGGGACUUUCCAGAAAAGACAGUCUGACCAAGGCCCAACUUUAUGGAACACUUCUGAACUGAAGGGCUUUUCCAUCAGGUUUAUUCUUUGAUAGGACACUAGAGGCAAGGCCCUGGUAUGUCCAGCUACACCCUUCUGUUGGGACGAUCAUUUUAAUAGAAAAUGGUUUAAAUAGCAGCAAGGGGCCAAAUAAUUCAGUAUCAUGAACAUGGAACUAUUGCUGAUUAUUUAAAAGCUUUGAUCGUAUGGCAGUGGAUGGCAACAGUUUACACUACAAUUGCCCUGAACAAGUAAGUCACAUUGUAAGAGUUGGAUGUGGGGCAGUGGGAGGAGAGGAGCUCAAGCGGCCCAUAACAUUUCUAAGAAUGUGUAUGUAUUUAAAUUACAUAUGUAUAAUUAUAUACUUGUAACUAAAGUUUGAGUCAUAUAUUUUGAAUCUAGUUGUCAGCAAGAAAUACAUCCAAAACAAUCUGAAAAAUGCAAAAUGCAAAUCUUCUAAAAACUUGUAUAUAAAUUAAAAACCAAUCCUAUAUUCGAAAACUCAGAGAGGUAUUUUAAUUGAGAAUUGACGCCUGUAUAAACUGCACAUAAAUUCAGUCAUUAUUUUUAAUGGACUGAAACGGUGUUGGCCUUGUGAGGAUUUAAAUGUGAAUGUUGAACAUUGGAAGACAACAAAAUCAAUUUAUCACUUAAAUGAGAAAUGUUUUUCUUCCGUUGAUUGAAUUUGACAGUAUCGGUGGGUAUGUUAUAAUUGUUAUUGAUGGAACGUUUUGAGAUCUGUCUUAGCAGUCAGUAUUUAUUCUAUUUUUGCUCUUCUAUAUCCCAUGGAGAGGUUUUCCUUCCCCCCAUUCUACCUCAGUUUUGGAUGCCCACACCCCAUCAAGCCACUGUAAUCCUGUUUUUUUGACGACAAUGCAUGUUUAUAUAUUUUGGUUGUUUUGUUCAGCUAAUAAAGCACAAGUUAUACAUA